AUGCCCUCUGGGACAGGGAAAACAAUUACUCUACUCGCCCUGAUUGUCGCCUACCAACAACAUUACCCAGAGCAUAGAAAGCUGAUUUACUGUUCCCGAACCAUGUCUGAGAUCGAAAAGGCAUUGAGCGAAUUACGCGCGCUAAUGAAAUAUCGUUCCCAGAAGCUCGGAGUUGUGGAAGAUUUUCGAGCCUUAGGUCUUACAAGCAGAAAGAAUUUGUGUUUGCACCCUUCCGUGAAGCGCGAAAAGAGUGGAGCGGUAGUUGAUGCUCGAUGUCGGAGUCUUACAGCAGGCUUUAUCAAGGAAAAAAAAGAGAAAGGGGAGGACGUUGAGCUCUGCAUAUAUCAUGAGGUCCGCUCCAGCAGUCCAAUCUCAAGGUCUAAAGCUGACUUGUUGCAGAACUUAGACCUUUUAGAACCUAGUAACUUAGUCCCACCAGGGGUUUUUACACUUGAUGGACUCCUUAAAUACGGAGAGCAGCACAAGCAGUGCCCAUAUUUCUCUGCUCGGCGAAUGAUGCCAUACUGCAACGUCAUAAUUUACUCUUAUCAUUAUCUUCUCGAUCCGAAAAUUGCCGAGAGAGUAUCCAAAGAGUUAUCUCGCGAUAGUAUAAUAGUAUUUGACGAGGCACAUAACAUCGAUAACGUUUGUAUCGAAUCUCUGAGCAUUGAUCUCACAGAGGACUCAUUGCGGAAAGCGAGCCGUGGCGCCAACAACCUCGAACGUAAAAUAGACGAUAUGAAGAGUUCGGAUGCUGACAAGCUGCAAAAUGAAUACCAGAAGCUUGUUGAAGGGUUGCGGGAAGCAGACGAGGCAAGAGAGGAGGAACAGCUGAUGGCAAACCCUGUUCUUCCAGAUGAUCUUCUGAAAGAGUCUGUACCUGGAAAUAUCCGUCGGGCUGAACAUUUUGUGGCCUUUUUGAAACGCUUUAUUGAAUACCUAAAAACUCGGAUGAAAGUUACCCAUACAAUCUCGGAAACACCGCUAUCGUUCCUUUCCCAUCUCAAAGAUCUGACGUUUAUAGAACGAAAACCUCUGCGGUUUUGCGCAGAACGACUUACAUCCUUGGUCCGCACACUGGAGCUUGUGAAUAUCGAAGACUACCAACCUCUUCAAGAGGUUGCAACAUUCGCUACGCUUGCUGCAACGUACGAAAAAGGCUUUCUACUCAUUCUUGAACCCUUUGAAUCGGACACGGCAACCGUUCCCAAUCCGAUUUUACAUUUUACUUGCCUGGAUGCAGCUAUAGCCAUAAAACCUGUGUUCGACAGGUUUAGCUCAGUCAUUAUAACUUCUGGAACACUUUCUCCUUUGGAGAUGUAUCCAAAGAUGCUAGGAUUUGAUGCUGCCCUACAGGAAUCCUACAGUAUGACCCUUGCCCGCCGCUCUUUUUUACCAAUGAUUGUUACUCGGGGCUCCGAUCAAGCACAAAUAUCAUCAUCGUUCCAAAUACGCAACGAUCCAGGAGUUGUUAGAAAUUAUGGCAACAUGCUCCUUGAGUUUUGCCGUAUUACCCCCGAUGGGGUUGUUGUGUUCUUCCCAUCAUACCUCUACAUGGAGUCUAUAAUCAGUAUGUGGCAGGGGAUGGGGAUUCUAGACUCUGUCUGGAACUAUAAGUUGAUUCUCGUGGAAACACCCGAUUCUCAGGAGUCGUCGCUUGCUCUUGAAACCUAUCGUACUGCAUGUUGCAAUGGUCGUGGUGCUGUACUCCUGUGUGUUGCCCGAGGAAAGGUUUCUGAGGGAAUUGAUUUCGACCAUCAUUAUGGACGAACUGUCCUUUGUAUUGGUGUUCCGUUUCAAUAUACAGAAUCCCGAAUCCUGAAAGCUCGUCUCGAGUUCUUACGAGAAAACUACCGUAUACGCGAGAACGAUUUUCUCUCUUUCGACGCACUUCGACAUGCUGCGCAGUGCCUUGGACGUGUCCUUCGUGGAAAGGAUGAUUACGGAGUCAUGGUACUUGCUGACCGUAGAUUCCAGAAAAAACGAAACCAAUUGCCUAAAUGGAUAAGCCAGGCCAUGCUUGAGAGUGAAACGAAUUUAAGCACUGAUAUGGCUGUUGCAACGGCGAAGAGUUUCUUGAAGUCAAUGGCACAGCCUUUUAAAGCAAAGGACCAGGAAGGUAUUUCAACAUGGAGCUUGGAAGACCUAAAGCGUCAUCUGGAGAAACAGAAGCAAGAGAUAGAAAAGACACAGGGGAAUAAAAUGGCGUGGGAUGCAACCAACACGGGAAUAGCCGAUACUGCCAUUGUUGAUGACGACGAUUUUAAUGAGGACCUUCUCGCAGAACUCGAGUCAUAA